AUGGCGAAAGGGCUUCGCAUAGCGUCUGACUCAAUCCCUGAGCAUGAACCGGCAACCCCACCUCCCGAUAGGAGUUCUCCCAUCCACAAAUUUACUCCAACCGACAUUUCUGACAUUACUUCGCAUCCUACAGUGAAGAUUGGCGACAUCCUCCAUUUGCUGGCCAAUAGCACAGUGUCGCGUCUUCCUGAGCCAAAACCAGGGAAGGGCGACCCUACUCCCCCUUCUAGCCACGGCCAUGUACACCCUUAUGAUUCUCGACAAUUCAAAGCCCCCAAUCUCUACUUGACGCGCGAAGUUCUUGACGCUACCGUCGCCACUCAGCCUCGUCUCGAAACAUUUAUUGAGGAGUUUCGAAUGAAGCGCAUCAGCGAAUACGACGAGGGGGAAUUCACAAACAAGAUAGUGGGACCUCUGGUGGGGAUCUUUAUUCGGAUCUUCGCUUUUGGAACGGGAGUGUCCAAGGGAUGGUACAUCGCUCCGCCAGCCUUCUAUGACGAUACCAGCGGGCGAAAGCUGGAGUUGGAUGUUAUCAUAGAGGAUUCUGAACAGGUGGUGACAGCCAUUGAGAUGAAGACGCCGCGCUCCUGCAAUGACUCGAACAUCAGGGCAUUCUCAAGACCAGUCACUGGCAUGGAUCAGAAAGCUAAGGAAAUACGCGACCAGGUUGGAAAACAAGGGAAGUUUCUGAAAGGAUUGCACCCGAAGAAGCCCUUUGUCCUCCACGGAUUGUCAGUCGCUCCUGCGCACUUGAUCCCCCUAGCUUCGAAUGGAAGUGAUUGCUUUGCAAUUGGCUCGGACGUUAUGAACGUCUCUAGGAAAUUCCCCGAGGCCGUACGUGAUGUGAAGAAUUGGGUUGAAUACAUCGACAAACUUGCGGCCUUCACUCUGGCGAUGGUCUGUCUGCACGACGAGUACGCAGCCAAAGAGGUUGGCAGCCGUUUCCCGGAGCAGAAGAAGCAGCUCGAUGAGCUUUAUGCGGCCGCCGACGGCUGUCUCUCUCCCGCUGCUGCUAUUGGCUCAAACGUUACAGUGGUUCCGUCCGAUCAACAGCCUGAAACCGAUGCGAUUAGCUGGUUCUCUCUCGCCCUCAAACUGCCCGAAGCGUCCGCGGUCUACGAGUCUCAUGAGAACAUCGUCUAUGUACAUUCUCGCUGGGGUAUCAGACUCGUCAUCAAAGUCUUCGGCGAGCAAUCGUCGUACGCGAAAGAGCUCGUCUCCUAUCAGCGUCUGGAGAAGCUGCAAGGGAAGGGAAUCCCCGUUCUCUACGCCACUGGCACCAUGAAUGCACGCCCAUGCCUCGUGUUGUCAUACGAAGGUGAGAGACUCUGCGAAGGUCCCACGGAUGACCAAAAAGCCACUCUUUACCCGGUUGUAAAAGCAAUGCACGAUCUAGAUAUCCACCACCACGACCUCCAUCGGCGGAACGUCGUCCAAGAUUCGAGCGGAAAGCUCACCCUUAUCGACUUUGGCCUCUCGGAACCCUGUACUAGGAAGGGCUGCGAAGACGACUGGCAAGCCGACGAAUGGUACUGA